CUGGGACGGGCUGCUCAGGAGGCCUUGAUUUCACAUCGGAAACAAAACAGCGGCAGCUUGGGAAAGAACAUCGGCUGCGAGUGGGUUGCGGCGGCCGGGAAGGAGAAGAUCUGAUACAGGAGCCUACAAGUGACAACAGCCUUCAAGGUCCUUAGACAGCUUGGCUUGGAGGAGAACACAUGAAAGAAAGAGCCCCAGGAAGCUUUGUUUUCUGUGAAAAAGUAUUUCUAUACAGUUGCUCCAAUGACAGAGUUACCUGCACCCUUGUCCUAUUUCCAGAAUGCACAGAUGUCUGAGGACAACCACCUGAGCAAUUCUGUACGUAGCCAGAAUGAUAAUCGAGAACGGCAGGAUCAUGGUGAUCGACGAAGACCUGGGAACCCUGAACCAGUAUCUAAUGGCCGACCGCAGGGUAACUCACGGCAGGUGGUGGAGCAAGAUGAGGAAGAGGAUGAGGAGCUGACACUGAAAUAUGGCGCCAAACAUGUCAUCAUGCUGUUUGUCCCUGUGACUCUCUGCAUGGUGGUGGUGGUGGCUACCAUCAAAUCUGUCAGCUUUUAUACUCGGAAAGAUGGACAGCUAAUCUAUACUCCUUUCACGGAAGACACCGAGACUGUGGGACAGAGAGCCCUGCACUCAAUUCUGAAUGCUGCCAUCAUGAUCAGUGUCAUUGUCGUCAUGACUAUCCUCUUGGUGGUUCUAUAUAAAUACAGGUGCUAUAAGGUCAUCCAUGCCUGGCUUAUCAUUUCAUCUCUAUUGUUGCUGUUCUUUUUUUCAUUCAUUUAUCUGGGGGAAGUGUUUAAAACCUAUAAUGUUGCUGUGGACUACAUUACAGUUGCACUCCUAAUCUGGAAUUUUGGUGUGGUGGGAAUGAUUUCCAUUCACUGGAAAGGUCCACUUCGACUGCAGCAGGCAUAUCUCAUUAUGAUCAGUGCCCUCAUGGCUCUGGUAUUUAUCAAGUACCUCCCUGAAUGGACUGCGUGGCUCAUCUUGGCUGUGAUUUCAGUAUAUGAUUUAGUGGCUGUUUUGUGCCCAAAAGGUCCACUUCGUAUGCUGGUUGAAACAGCUCAAGAGAGAAAUGAGACUCUCUUUCCAGCUCUUAUUUACUCCUCAACAAUGAUGUGGUUGGUGAAUAUGGCUGAAGGAGACCCAGAAGCCCAAAGAAGAGUGUCCAAACACUCCAAGUAUAACACACAAAGCACAGAAAGGGAGUCACAGGACAAUACUGCAGAUACUGAUGAUGGUGGCUUCAGCGAAGAGUGGGAAGCCCAGAGAGAUAGUCAUCUAGGGCCUCAUCGCUCUACCGCAGAGUCACGAGCUGCUGUCCAGGAACUUUCCAGCAGCAUCCUAGCCAGUGAAGAUCCAGAGGAAAGGGGAGUAAAACUUGGACUGGGAGAUUUCAUUUUCUACAGUGUUCUGGUUGGUAAAGCCUCAGCAACCGCCAGUGGAGACUGGAACACUACCAUAGCCUGUUUUGUAGCCAUAUUAAUUGGCCUGUGCCUUACGUUAUUACUCCUCGCCAUUUUCAAGAAAGCAUUGCCAGCUCUUCCCAUCUCCAUCACCUUUGGGCUUGUUUUUUACUUUGCCACAGAUUAUCUUGUACAGCCCUUUAUGGACCAGUUAGCAUUCCAUCAAUUUUAUAUCUAGCAUAUCUGCAAUUAGAAUCCCAUGGAUGUUUCUCCUUUGACUAUGAUAAAAUCUGGGGAGGACAAAGAUGACUUUCCUGUGUCCACAUCUAAUGAAGUCAAGAUUCCCAGCUGGACUUCCAGAGCUUCCUUCCAAGUUUUCCUGACCACCUGCACUAUUGGACAUUGGAAGGAAGUACCUACAGAAAACGGUUUUUUAACAUUUUCAUUGUGGUGAACUGUGUCCCUCGGUGCAAAAACUACCAAAUUUGAGGGACAAGGACAAGGAAAUGUGAUGGGCCAAGAAGUUGCUGAGCUCCACCAGCAGUUUGACCCUUGGUCACAGGAGACUUUACCAACACUGCGAACUCUCAGGACUACCAUUACCAUAAGGUUAAAUGAAGUGGUUUCAGCCGAACAGAACUUUCAUCUUAAACUACAUAAAUCAGCCUAAUGAAUCUGUAUUAAUUGAAUUCUGAAAUUUUUCAGGAGGUACUGUGAGGAGAGCAGGCACCAGCCACAAAAUGGAAAGGUGGAAAGGGGGCUUAAGCUUUCACUUUCAGACUCUUUUGAUGCAGAAAAAACUUUAAUUUUUUUAAAAAGAUGGGUUCCCCCUACUUUGAGUCACAUCAGAUGUGUAGGUUGGUUUUGACGAUUUUUUUGUCCUCAGGCACUGAAACUCAUUACCAUCUGUGGUGGCCAUUUCUUCCCAAGGCCAGUCUGAACUUAUGCUUUGUCCUUGAAAGUCUUAACCUCAGGUUCCAAAUUCAGCAAUUUCUGGAAAUAAUGGAACUGUUGCUCAAUGAUUCCCUAUCAUCCUUAAGUAAAUUCUGGAUUUUCCACCAAAUUGCUAAUUUUUACGCACACUUGUAAGUUCAUUUGCCCCAGAUGCCUCCUCUGCUCCUCAUUUUUCCCUUCGUCCCCCAGCAGUUCUCUUCUACAGCAAAUGAGGCAGCUCUGUGCUGGUAGCAGGUGAUCCUGUUAAUCCCGUUUACUCUCUGUAUGAUUCGAAGAAUGUUGUGAAUCAGUGCUAUCAGCCUUGCUGUCUCAAGUUUUGAUAGCAAGUAUGAUGUGUGCCCAAAGAUAGUAGAAUUAAAGAAGAGUAAAAUGGCUGGUGAAGCA